AUGAGAGUCCUCUCCACGCCCCCUCCCUGCUGGGGAGAAAUGUUUGACGUGGCAAGAAGUCCACGCGUAACAAAGCUGCUCCUCAUCGCCCCUCCUGUGGAUAGUGAAAGCUCGGCAGGUAGCAGCUGCUCACACAGAGGAAGCAGGGGCCGCUCUCGUGUCUGUCCCGGUAGCAGAAUGUGGCUGAUCGUGGUGGCCUCCUUCCUUCACUGUGUCUCGGCCUAUGAUGUGGAUCCGCAGAAGCUGGAGGCUCUGGCCAAAGCCAGGGUGGAGACCUGUGGAGGAUGACAGCUGAAUAGACUCAGAGAGGUCAAAGCCUUUGUGGUCCAGGAUAUUCCUCUUUACCAUAACCUGGUGAUGAAGCACAUUCCUGGAGCUGAUCCUGAGCUUGUCCUCCUGAACCACUACUAUGAAGAACUGGAUCGGAUUGCUCUGUCUGACAUGACUCGCUCUGAAAUCAACAAGCUGCUGGAGAAACUGGGUUUCUACAAGAAAGCUCAACCAGAGGACGAGGUGCCGGAGGAGUUCCGCUUCGCUCCCGCCAAAGACAGUCCGUUCAAAGACGAGCGCCCAAACAUAUCAACAUCCACUUUAGACGCAGAGAAAGCCUCCCCAGAGUCUGAUCCAGAGGUCAAGCACACUGACCUAUAACUGUAUAGACUGGGCAAAUAUAGUAACAGCUUCCCAGCAGCUCCAACAUCAGCUGAUUGUUGUUUUUACUGUAGUUAGCUUAUUGGGGGAAAGGGAAAUAUCUCAUGUUAGUCAGACAAUCUUUAUAGUUAGGACUUUUCAUACCACUGUUUUUUGGGUUACAACUUGAAAAGUAGUUUUAUACUGGAUGUGUUUUAGGUCUUAUCUGUAUGUUAUCCACAUAAUCUCCAUAUCAUCGUGUUAUUUUGUUCUUACUCCUCCCUGCUGUGAAACCGAAUGAAGCCUCAGGUGAAAAGUCGUCCGACCAGCCUGAUGCUGAUGCUUCUUGUUCCAGUGGGCUGGAUGAACACAAAUGACCUCAAGUAGAAAGUAUGUUGAUUCUAAAACAUUAAUAAAA